AUGGACAGAGAAGAAGAAGAUGGUUCUCAGGUUCCUCAAAGCCCAUCUUCAACACUUGUAGCUGGUGAAGUCAAAGAUUCAAACUCAACACCAUCUGACAGAGGAAGUGAAACCAAUAAUGAAGAACAUAUAGAGCCAUCAGAGAAUAAGACUCGAAAGAUCAGAGGAGGCUCUAUCUUUGUUGGAGUUUCAAGAAGUGCUUAUAAUAAGGACAAAUGGCAUGCAAGGAUAGGGAAAGGCGGUGACAGAAAAUGCCUCUACCUUGGAAUAUUUGAUACUGAAGAGGAAGCCGCCAGAGCCUACGACAUUGCAGUGAUAAGGCUGAGAGGAAAGAACAAGAGGACAAACUUUGAUAAGAGUAAAUAUGAUGUUGAAGGUAUCCUCAGAAGUCCAGAUCUUAAACUCGGCAAAGGUGCUUCAAGGCUGGUGAGGGAGACUUCUGUGGAAGAACUUCUGCAGAAAAUCAAACCCGUCGACAAGAAUGAAUCCCCGAAACCGGAACUGAAUCCUCAGGCCUUCAACUCCUACUUCAAUGGCAAUGUUCUGUUCCAGCAGAAUCAGAAUCAUUUUAGCCUGAUGCAGCAGCCUCAACAUUCUGGCUUAUAUCACUUGGCAGCUGGAGGGUCCUUUAGGGGUGUUGGACAAGUGCAGCCACAUCAAAUGCUCACAACCCAGUUUGGUUUUAAUCAGAACCCAAGUCCUCAGUUCCAUCAGAACUUCAGAGGUGUUAACUGUCAGCAGCUACAGCCCCGUCGUUACUACGAUUUCUUUGGCGACUUGUCGACAUCAACUGAAGGUGGUAACAAUGUUUUGGGAAGUAAUCACAGUGGUGGAGGAAACACAAGCAGUGGUGGCUUGCAAGCCAAGUCGCCAUCAACAGAAGGUGGUAACAAUGUUUUGGGAAGUAAUCACAGCGGUGGAGGAAACACAAGCAGUGGUGGCUUGCAAGCCAAGUCGCCAUCAACUGAAGGUGCAGGUAACAAUGUUUUGGGAAGGAAUCACAGUGGUGGAGGAAACACAAGCAGUGGUGGCUUGCAAGGUGAAAAGAAGGCAGCAACUGCAGAAUAUGCAAGCCUUGGGGAAGAUCUGUGUUUGGGCAUGCCCUUUCAUGUUUGA